UCGAUGCCAGGCUCUUCGACGGACUCUACUCCGGAAGACGUGAUAACCGUGAAACGGAAAGCAGACGAUGUUGAGCCAGACGUACACAGCCUGUUGCCUGACUCUACCCGAGCACUAAUAUCCACCAAAAUGUCGUCAGUGAAGAAGGCUAAAAAGAAUACCUUAGGAAUUAAGAUGGUGAAAAAGGUGAAGACAUAGCUACAAUACUGUUGUAUAUUAGGGUUAGGGUUGUAUAAUACUUAUUUCUUACCAUCAUGGAAUCUUCACGAGACGAUAUGCUUCGCGUCAACGUCGACACCCAGGGUGACUUCCAGCGCAUCAAGGCCGAUUAUUCAAGGCUGUUUCUCUCUUUUGUUGAGGAGCAGAUACGGACCCAGGGCUUAGAGAGCGAAAGGGAAGCUAUGGUGGCUCACGCCCAACAGUACUUGGACAGAACUUUCGCAAUGGCGCAAUCAAACCUUCGCAUCAAUGGGCGCAACCAGUCCCUUACCGAGAGUGACCCUGACAUGGAGCCAUUUGACGAGGCCCUCGACAGGCGGAUAUGGGCCCUCGCUGAUACUCGCCUUGGUUGGCACAAGGUCGUUGCAGAGACGCGUCGCACAGUGCCCACGGAGAUCGAAGCGACGUUUGAAAAGCUCAUUCGUCAAGAGCGCGACGCCGACGCUGCCGACGACGACCUAGACAUUUCGCUUGAGGAAGAUACUGAGCCCUUGCCUGGUGAUGAAUUUCUUGCCAGGCGCUAUCCGAAGAUACAGGACGAGCUUCACAAAGCUAUUGCUGAAACCAAUGCCCUCGAGCAGGCUAUACCGAGCCAGACUGAACGGUCACUAAAAUACGAGAAUGCAUCGGCAGAGAUAAAGACGCUCAAGCCAUGAUUGCUGCAAUCUGGUAUAUUCAACCAUACAGCUAGUAGGACACUAUGAUCCACGGAAUCCACGUCCACCGCCACCACUGCCACGGGCGCCCCAUCCACCGGCGCCGGCGCCGCCCCGACUGGCGCCCCGUGGACCACCGCGACCGCCUCCCCCAAAGCUACCUCUC